AACCAGACCGAAUAAACUCUCUCUCGUCUCUCGUCUCUCGUCUCUCGUCUCUCGUCUCUCGUCUCUCGUCUCUCGUCUCUGGUCUCUCGUCAACGGCGGAGAGAAAAUGCACGGUCGUCCAAGGAAGGUUUACAAGCCGGAAGAGGAAGCAGCCUCCGCUGCUAAAGCCGUUAAGUUCCGAUCUCUCCAGUCUCAGUUCCUGUCCAACCACCAUAACAAAAUUUAUACCAAGGAAGCUAUUGACUUGAGCACGAAGCUCUUAGAGAUCAACCCGGAGGCGUACACUGCGUGGAACUACCGUAAGCUCGCCGUUGAAGAUACCCUUUCACGACAAGAGUCCGAUCCAGACUUGGUCAAGUCAGUUCUCGAUGAAGAGCUUAAAGUGGUAGAAAGUUCUUUGAAGCAGAACGUCAAGUCAUACGGUGCUUGGCAUCAUCGUAAGUGGGUUUUGAGUAAAGGUCAUUCCUCCGUAGGGAACGAGUUACGACUUUUGAAUGAGUUCCAGACCCUUGAUUCCAGGAACUUUCACGCUUGGAACUAUCGCAGGUUCGUUGUGGAGCUAACCAAUAGGUCAAAACAUGAUGAGUUGAAGUAUACAGAGUUUAUGAUCGGUAACAAUAUCAGCAACUAUUCUGCUUGGCAUAAUCGUAGUGUGCUUCUUUCAAGUUUGCUUGAAAGAAAGGCUGACGGGUUCAUGCCAAGUCAAAAGAUUCCUGAAGAAUAUGAACUUGUGCAUAAUGCUAUCUUUACAGACGAAGACGUCCAAAGUGGGUGGUUUUAUCAUCUUUGGCUUCUUGAUCAAACUGUUAAUGUGGAGACCCCUCUUCUCAUUUCCUCAUGGCCUCCACAUGGUUCCCGUAUCAAUCUAUCUAGAGCUGGGUGCUUAAACGACUCUUCUUCUUCUUCUAAGCUCACUACUUUUCCACUGAUUCUUUACUUUGACCAAGCUGUUGGUGGAGUAAGCUCUUCUACUGUUGCGAUUGAUUCUGAACUGAAAGGAAUUGAGGACCUUGUUUGGGAGCCAGUUUCGAAUAAAAACUCACAGGUGUCUUGUGUAUGGGUUGCUCGUCUUAAAUAUAUGAGUUCAGAACCUUGCUUCUUCCCCAAGGAAUACAAAGUGAAGGUCAGAAUUGGGAACUCUCCAGGAAUUGUUUCUUCCAGAGGAUUCAACUUCAGCGUUCCUUAUGAGUUCGUCUUCACAGCGCGUGUUGAAGACACCGUCCAAGAAGAGCCGCGAGAAGUGAUUGUUUCAUGGACGGAUGGUUUUGAUAUUUGGGAUGCACAGUCAGAGGAUUUGAAAAAUCUCGUCAACUUGGAUCAACUAAAUGGUCAGAUGGAUUUUAAAUGGCGUCAGGAAGCUAUAGCGGAAGAGAUUGACUUGUUUCGUACAUUGCCUGACAGUAACAGCAAAAUUGGAAAGCUUACUAUUGCAAGGCUUUUGAUGGCUAAAGCUACGAUGUCAGAGAAUGAUGUUAAAGGUGUUCACUAUGAAGAAAUCCUCAAACUGUAUAAUGAUCUAAUGGCGCUGGACUCUACGCACUAUCAUUACUACAAGGAUGAGCACAGCGUAGCUUUACUCCGCAAGGUGACUUCAAGCACUGAAUCUUUGUCAAGACACCUUUUUCGAUACAGCGAUAUGAACAAUUCUGUAUGUCUGCGGCUGAAUAACUCAUCGCUGUCUCGGAUAGCCUCUGUCGAGAAGUUGCUGUUUGUCCAAAUGUUAGAUCUCAGUCACAAUGAGCUUCACUCAACUGAAGGGUUGGAGGCGAUGCAACUUCUCUCUUGCCUUAAUCUGAGUCACAACAGAAUCCGGAGUUUUUCAGCACUGGACUCUCUAAGACAUUUGAAACAGCUGAGAGUGUUGGAUGUUUCACACAACCACAUAGGCGAGCACUCGGUUGACACAACGAGGUACCUUUGUUCUUCACCGCUCUCUAAUUCGGAGUGGAGUCAAGAUGAAGUUGGAAGACGGAUGACGCCUAGUCUGGUCACCAAAUACUGGGAUGCGUAUUUUGUGUUGAGAGAUUUGAAUCUGAAACAGUUGGAUAUAGCAGGCAACGUAGUUGCAGGGGAGGAGUUCAGCUCCUUUGUACCACAGGUUGUGCCAACGCUUGUAUGGCUCAAUGGCCAUAAACUUAGGAGUUAGAUCAUAGGCCAAGAUUUUUUUUUUACUUUAGUUUAUUAGAUCAUCGACUCUCAAAAGCUAUUUGGAUUCUCUUGAUGAUACUUGUUUUGUGGUUUUUUUCUCAGCAGUCUUGUUAUAUGACCUUGUUAUAAUGAUUCUGCACCCUUUAUUUACCA